AUGAUAAGAAUUUUAUCGUAAAAACCAUAAAAAAAUAGUAUCGUUCAAAAGAACACAAGAAAGGAUAUUGAUAAAUUCUACAAGCUAGUCUUGUUGCUUCAAGAUCUAGAAAAUGAUUUAAUAAACUUGUCAGACGAGCAUCUGGUUCCCUUAAAAAGUGCGGCUAUUGAAAAUUGUAAAAAUAAAUCUACUGAUAAAUUCAAUGGGAAAGAAAUAAGUGGAAGUAAUCAAAUUUUUAUUUAACAUAGAAAAAUCAUGUAAAUCUAAAAAACUACCCUGUUGUUAAUAAGAAAUUUAAACUUUGGAUGAAGAAACCCAUUAAUUUGAUUUAGACAUUUUAUCUUCAAUUAUUGGAGAUAGAAAGAAGCUUAAAUAGUGAAUUAUAAUUUGUUUAUGAAUAAGAAUGCACAAAUCUUUUGAUAAAUUCCAAAA